AGCUUGCUAGUGCCAUUGGACUCCGGGUUUGAUGCGGCGAUGAAGUCCUCCAUGACCAGCGGACAGUAGUCAGCCCUACGGUCUACUGUAGCGCACAACUUUUAGUAUAGGCUGUUCGUCCAGUCUCGCUGACUUAUCCGGAGAACAAACUAGACAUUUCACCCCAGUAUCAGUCUAAUUUUUGCCUGUUAAUCCAGGCCAGGCUAGACGUGUCGCGCAGUAUCCCCACCACCUUUAGUGGAUUUUCCCCCCGCAGCCUAAAUAGUAUGGUGCUUUAAUUAAGGAGAAAAAAGGAAAACACAUGUUUGCCGAUCAUGACGAGAAGAUGUGGAAGUAGGUAUGAACCGACUGAUAAUGAGGAUUAUCUCGGCAACUAACACACAUGCAGUGAGGUGCCCUGGUUGCGGAUUCAGCGUGGUCGGUCAUCGAGCUCAGGGGGAGAUUUUGGGAGAAGUCGUGUGGAGCACAAAUAGCUUUUUAAAGCCGAGGAUACAACAAGUUUGGACCAUGCACCCCCUGUGCUGACAGUGGACUGAGGAGGGAGAAGAGUUGAAACACUGACGCUUGUUUCUGACUGUUGUUUUCUGCCCAGACUUUCACCACAACACAAAGUUGGACAAUUAUCAGAAGUUUCCAGGCUGACCGCUUGUUAUUCGAGUAGCUGUGUCCGAAAACGUGCUUUAUAUUCAUAUUAGACUGAAACCGCACGAAGCUAAAGUGUAUUUUUUUACUGCGGUGUUUUGACCACCGUGUGUGAGGCGCUCUGAACUGAAGUCCACUUUAAAUGCGGACUGGUUUGCGGUCGGUGAGUGCACAGCCGAGCUGCCAGUGCCACUUGAUUUUUAAUUCAAGGACAAAACAGAAGUCUGUUAAUUUGUUACUAUUUAGUAACACCACCAUGGAGCUGACAUACACGAGCAUUGUCCUGCUGGGGUGCAUCUUCCUGGACUGGGCUCUUCUGGUUUCUGCAGAGGAAGAGGUGCUGAUGAACACUAAGACGGAGACUUCUGAUCUCAAAUGGACCGUCUUCUCACACGCCAAACCCGAGUGGGAGGAAGUAAGCGGUUUAGAUGAGGAUUAUAACAGCGUGAGGACCUAUCAGAUCUGUCAGACUGACAGCGCCUCCAGCCAUUGGCUUCGCAGCGGCUUCAUCCAGCGACGGGGAGCGUCUCGGGUGUACGUGGAACUGCGAUUCACCAUAAUGGAGUGUUCAUCCAGAAGCACUCACCACCGCAGCUGUAAGGAGACCUUUAACCUGUACUACUACCAGGCAGACUCCAACGAGGCUACGUCCUCUUACCCGCCCUGGAUGGAGAACCCAUACACCAAGGUGGACACAGUGGCUGCAGACUUUCUACGGAGGAAGGGUGGGGAGCGGAAAUUCAACGUGAAGACCUUAAGACUCGGGCCUCUAUCUAAGAGAGGCUUCUACUUGGCCUUUCAGGCUCAGGGCGCCUGCAUGGCCCUGCUGUCCGUCAGGGUGUUCUUCAAAAAGUGUCCCCCCCUGGUCAGUGCUCUUUCCUCUUUCCCCGAAACUGUUCCCCGUACUCUGGUGCAAGAGGCGCAGGGUGUGUGUGUGGAGCAUGGCACCCAGCAAGGGCCCCGACCUCGGCCGCCUAAGCUCUUCUGCGGGGAAGAUGGCCAGUGGGUGGGCCAGCCAACAACGUCCUGCGGCUGCCAACCAGGAUAUGAGCCCGCUGAAGGAAACACGAGAUGCACAGCCUGUCCUGUCGGUCAGUUCAAGUCUUCCGCAGAGGGACAUUGCACAGGCUGUCCGGGAUUCAGCCACGCCGCCAUCGGAGGGGCGCCAGUGUGUGCUUGCCGCUCUGGAUACUUGCGUGCCGAGUCUGACACCCCCGACACCACGUGCACACGACCUCCCUCGGCUCCGCGCAGCAUCGUCACCCGGAUCAACGACACCACGCUCAGUCUGGAAUGGAACGAGCCUCUGGACAACGGCGGCAGAACAGACCUGAGCUACGCCGUCAGGUGCUCUGUGUGCAGGACACCUAAGGGGCAGUGCCUCUCCUGCGGAGACAGUGUCAGCUACUGGCCCGAGCAGCACGGCCUGCUGGGUCGCAGGGUGGAGGUAUGGGGUCUGCUGCCUCACACCACAUACGCCUUCGCAAUCCAGACUCUCAACGGGGUGUCACAGAUCAGCGGCAAAGACCCUGCUAGUGAAAGUGUCAACAUCACAACGAGCCAUGGCGUGCCAUCGCUCGUGUCUGUGAUUCGGAAGAGUGACUCCACAGAGAGCAGUCUGACUCUGCACUGGUCAGUGUCGUCUCAGCCACACUACACCAUCCUGCAGUAUCAGCUACGCUACUGUGAGAAGGAGCGACGUAGUGAAGAUCAGUGCCACUACACAGAGAGCAACAAAAACCAGGCGGUGCUGACGGACCUCCGCAGGGCCACGCAGUACGAGGUGCAGGUUCGGGCGCGCACCAUGGCCGGUUAUGGCAGCUUCAGUCCUGCAGCCUUCUUCCGCACGCUGCCUGAUAAUCACGACUCUGCCGCCCAGUUCUUAGUACCUGGCAUCCUUAUCGCCGUUGGGAUGUUGCUGCUUGUCACUUUCGUCUUAGUGGCCGCCUACUGCAUACGCAGACACAGCCGAGUAAAGGAUCCAGAGCUGAGCGACAAAAACAGCCAGUACCUCGUUGGCCAAGGGGUCAAGGUUUAUAUCGACCCCUUCACCUACGAGGACCCUAAUGAGGCCGUGCGAGAAUUUGCCAAGGAAAUUGAUGUUUCCUUUGUCAAGAUCGAGGAGGUUAUCGGCGCUGGGGAGUUUGGGGAAGUGUGUCGAGGGCGGCUGAAGGUCCCAGGGAAAAAAGAGAACUACGUAGCAAUUAAGACGCUAAAGGGAGGCUACACUGACAAGCAGAGACGGGACUUCCUGUCUGAAGCGUCCAUCAUGGGUCAGUUCCAGCACCCCAACAUCAUCCACCUGGAGGGGAUCAUCACAGCCAGCUGUCCCGUCAUGAUCCUCACAGAGUUUAUGGAGAACGGAGCUCUGGACUCUUUUCUACGACUGAACGACAGCCAGUUCACUCCCAUCCAGCUGGUGGGUAUGCUGCGCGGCAUCGCCUCCGGCAUGAAGUACCUGGCAGAGAUGAGCUACGUCCACCGAGACCUGGCUGCCCGCAACAUCCUGAUCAACAGCAACCUGGUGUGCAAGGUGUCCGACUUCGGCUUGUCGCGCUUCCUGCAGGAGAACUCGUCCGACCCGACCUACACCAGCUCUCUGGGAGGUAAGAUCCCAAUCCGCUGGACAGCACCGGAGGCGAUAGCCUUCAGAAAGUUUACCUCAGCCUCAGAUGUGUGGAGCUAUGGCAUUGUCAUGUGGGAGGUCAUGUCUUUUGGAGAGAGACCGUACUGGGACAUGAGUAACCAGGAUGUAAUUAAUGCCAUAGAGCAGGACUACCGGCUGCCACCGCCCCCUGACUGCCCCACCCACCUACACCAGCUGAUGCUGGACUGCUGGCAGAAGGACCGCUCAGCGCGCCCUCGCUUCGCAGACCUCGUCAGUGCUCUGGACAAACUGAUACGCAACCCCGCAUCACUGAAAAUAGUGGCUCAAGAAGGAGCAGGGCCGUCCUACCCCCUGCUGGACCAGCGUGCACCUUUAGCCCUCUCGUCGUGUGCUUCAGUGGGGGAAUGGCUGAGGGCCAUCAAGAUGGAGCGAUACGAAGACAGCUUCCUGCAGGCCGGCUUCAACUCAGUGGACCAGCUGGCUCAGAUCACCACAGAGGAUCUGCUGCACAUGGGAGUGACUCUGGCCGGGCACCAGAGGAAAAUCCUUUCCAGCAUCCAGACAAUGACCUUUCUGAACAAGAGCACUGCAACUGUGACCUUCUAGCUCUCCUGUCUCCUAACCUGGACGUGAACACCAGCACACGGGUGCAGCCGUGUACUGCGACCCACUUUAAACACGGACUACAAGGGAGAUUGGCAGAAUUUUCUAAUGACCAGGGGAGAAAAAAAUAGAAAAAUAAAGGACUAAAAGAUGUCUUUCCGCUCAGUAUGAGCGAGUCGAGUCCCUGUCACCCACAGUGACGUGGGGACGAAGUUGACGUUGUGCAGACUUGACUCUGCCUCAUUUUUACAGUUUGUGAUCGGUGUUUUUAUAUCUACCUGAAGUUAGGACCCAAUAAAUGUGCUAUACCAAGAGGGGGAGACUGAUCAGAAUUUACAACGUUUCUGUAGUACCAUGUCAUUUUGGAAAGUGGUCGACUGGUUUGUUGUCCCAUGAAAAUAAUCACUUCACCAAAGGAGAUGAAAAGAAAAGCCGGUGCCAAUCCAAGGAUUUCCAUUUUCAUAUUGUGUAAUUAUGAAUGAGAACUGCUUUCACCCCGGGUGUCUUGCAUUAAGUCCAUCUGGAUUACAUUACUACAUAAACAUUUCCACAUCCAGACUGAACAUUUUAACUGUUGGAUUGUACUUCUUUGUUUCUAUUUGAUUUCAACAUUACCUCCUCUUUACUCAGGUGUGAUGUGUAAUGCAAACGUUGGACAGCGCUGUACUCGUGCUAAUCAGACUUCUUUCAUCUUCUUCUUCUUCUUCUUCUUCAUCGGCUCCACAGCGUGUGAGGAGAAGAGACAUUUCAGCACUUUCGUCCUUUCAGAGCGAAUCUUUAAUUCCAUGUGUUUCUCUUGGAGUGUGGUUGGUUAUUUCUACUGCCUGUGUUUCUGCUGGCAGCUCAGUUUUAUUAUAGUCAGACUGAACAAGGACCAAGUGUGUACUCAGAGACCAGAGAACACUGUCAAAAUGGUUUUCUUUGUAGACAUUUACCAAGAAAGCUGUCUGGCCUCAAACUUGUUUUUCUUGAUGUAACUGAUUAAUUUUGAAUUCUCUUAUUGUGUAUUCUCCAUCUUCCGGUGCCAUUCAGUCGUCUGUGAGGACUUAAAUGCCAAUUGUAUAAAGCAGAGAUCUCUAAUGAGUGAUUCUUGAUUCUUGUCUCAUUAAAAUGUACCUCGAAGGGUUACUUUGACAUGUUGACGUUCAGUCUAUGGUUUGCCUUCAUGCCGGUUGUGUAGUCUGCAAAUUGUGUCUACCUUUUCCCCAAAGCUACACAAAAUCAGUAUCUUAAAAUAUAGGAUGGAAAACAAUGUACAGCUACCAGCUAAGCUAACAUGCUAGCUUGCAGCCAGCAGAUCACACACACACACACACACACACACACACACACGUUUUAAGUUUAGUGUAUUGUUUUUAUUUCAUCAGAUGCUGUUUGUGUUGCUAUUUUUGCUCCGAAGAUACAAACAAUUGUUUAACAUGUAUCAUAGAAAACAUUACACAGCUAUGCUACUGUGUAGCCAGCCGUGUCUCUCGCCUUUAUGGUGCAAUGCUAAUAAUAUUGUUGAGCUGAUUAGCCCCCCCCCCCCCACACACACACACACACAUUAUUAAAAGUGCUUGUUGAAGAAGAAUAACAGACUGGAGUUCAAAAUGUCAAAGUAUUGCUCAAAGACUUUGAAUCUCCCAGGAUUGUACCAGUCUUUUUGACAUGAGGUUGUGCAUAAUUUCCUGCAGUGACUCAGAAAAAUGAAGCUUAAACAGCUCUGUUGAAUACAAAAUGCUAUGAUUGCUUUUUCUAAAUUGUUCUACUUUUGUGUGCCAUAGAUCACUUUUAUAAAAAAUAUAAAAAUGUAUUCUUUAUGAUUUGGCUAUUUUAGUUUUGCCAAUUUGGGUUUUCCUCUUCCUUGGACUUUCUAUUUCUAUCAUACGUGACAAUUAUCUAGGGUUUCAAGAUGUUUAAAGUGCAAUUUACACGCAUUUAAAAUCCAUUAAAAUAUGAUGAAUAACAUAAAAACAAGUCUGGUUAAUUCACACAAACAUUAGGUGGUAAUGGUCACUCUGAGUUACAAUGUUGGAAAAAAGUAGUGGUAGAAAUAGUCGUUGAUAUCAUAAAAUCAACCACUCUUAUCGCACAAAGGUAAAAACAAUUGUCACGAGUCUUGAGAUUCCUUUAAGGAUUAUGGUAAAUGUGGUCUUCAUAUUGAAGAUCUUAAUAAAAAAACAACUUUGAAAUAAUGAAUAGAUAAAGUAUGUUUUGAUUACUGUCCUGUGUGUAGUCUAAUCUGUAUUCAGUAUUCAUAAUAAAGAUACACACCAGUGUUUACCAUCAA